CGUGAGCAUAUAUUAUGUUUUCUACGACUAUGGCACAUUUGCCACAAUUACCCUCCUUGCAAUGUUUGGGGUUUAAUUUGAAACGCACAGAUACUUGGAGUAACCCAUGCGUUCAAACCUUGCCAACGUUUAUUUUUAAAUAUUCACUGUAGGUAACAGCAGCAAACGGUCACCGAGGUUUGAGUAUCUUGGUUGCAAUGUUGUGCACCAUUACAGCUGUAUUUACCAUCCCUCCAAUGUUGACAUGGUUUCUAAAACCUUUCAACAUGUUGGUCUAAAUGUUGGUCAAGUGUUGUUGGAUACUAUACUCAGAGUACUGUUGCCUUUAGUGGUGAGUAUACUGUAUGUACUGUAGUCUGUAGUUUUAUGAAACAUUUUUUGACAUUGGUUUUCAACAUUCUACUUGCUUCAAAAUCCAAUUAACAUUUCGAAAGUUGUAUCAUUAGUUAAACAAUCUGAUAAACAAGUAAUGUUCAGUAUAGGAACCUAGACACGGGACGAUUUUGUACAUUAUUUAGAACUAGGAAUUUCUAAAUUGCUUUAAUCCCGUUAACCAUUAUUUUAACCGAAUCGCUUUCAGUUGUUCAACUAUUCUUAUGUUUUUUUUCAUUUAAAUAUUGGAAGAUGUUUGCGUUGCGUGCCCCCUGUAAAGAAAGUGGUCAAAAAUGGAACAAUACAAUAAAAUACUUUGGAGAAAACUUCCUUAUUGGAUUAUUCCUGCCAAAUCUUCUAGCCAAAGUUUCCGUCGUAAACAUUCUAUGCGUGGUUGCACUUGGAACAAGUCUUACAACAUUUAAUGCUCUAUCAAGUUAUGGUCUUAUCUCACUCUUACCUUGGUUUUCAAAAAAAUCAACUGUGACAUUAUCAAUAGUGAGUUCUAUCCGAGUUAUAGGGCUGGCAGCUACAAUUAUUGAUGUAAUACCCGACAACACAGGAGACAAAGGACUGCUUGUUCUUCCUAUGGUGUUUAUCUACCUUGCCACUCUAUUGGUGUUGAAUGGUUUUGUAUCCGUUGUCAAAGUCAAAGAAGAGGACACUGCACUGGACAUACCUUCGCAGACUACAGGGCAAGACAAGGAGCAAGACAAGGAUAUCAAGGAUUCAACUAUAAACUCCAAAAUUAAUGAAGUUGCAAUCUUUGCCAUCUACACUGAUGAAAUGUCAGUCAAGAGUGAACAAUUGUAAACAGAACCAAAACUUCUAGGAACUGUAAAAAUAUUUUAUAAAAAAAGGAUGAUUUUUAAUGUACAUGACUAACCUAUCCCUGUUUGUGGGUUUUACUGAGACAGUGUACGGCACGUGAUGGUGAAUUGACGAACUGCCUUGGCAUCAUUCCCUUUCACAGGUGUGAAUGUAUUUGACCACCAUGAACGUGUAUCAUGGUACAAAACAUUUAUAAAAACCUAACUUGUAGAUAUAGUCACGGAGAUAUGUAGACCUUUAUUCACCCCGGCCCCUUAUCAUUGGACAUGUUGGGGAAAGCAGUGCCGGAAUAAGUCCAGAAAUAAGUAUUUAUUCUAGUAGUUGACGUAAUAAAAAAAAACAUAAUAACUUUCACUUUUAAUGUUAUAUGUAGAUAUUGAAGAGUGGUAAAUAUAAGAUUACCUUCAUUCUGCGUGUUUUUAACCUGGUUUUCAACAAAUAUAAGUAGGUUUCUAUGAUGAAUGCUUGACCUCGUUUAUUGAAAUGCUACAGU